UCCAUUUCCCAGCGUGCCCCGCGCAGGUGAUACCAAGAUGGCAGCUCCUUUGACUCUGCUGCUGAUCGUGGCCGUCACUGUCCGCGCAGCUCUUUUUAGGUCCACUUUGGCACACUUGAUCGCCGAGAGGGUGGAGGUGGUGUCCCCGUUAACCGCCUGGAAAAGAGUGGUUGAAGGUUUGGCUCUGCUCGAUUUGGGAGUGUCGCCGUAUGCGGGAGAUGUUUUUCAUGAGACUCCUCUCAUCAUCUACCUCUUCCACUUCUUGGUGGACUAUGCAGAGAUUACAUUCAUGGUGGCCGAUGGCAUCUCGGCGGUGGCCCUCUACUACGCCGUGCAGGACUACAACAAACAAGUGUUCAGGAAGCAGAAAUACGCUCUGGAAGCCGAGCGCUACCCCGCCGACUGUCACGAGCUGGUCAGAAGCCCCGCGGAGAUGCACUACAUCCCCCUGAAGGUGGCCAUGUUUUACCUCCUGAACCCGUUCACCGUGCUGUCGUGCGUCGCCAAGUCCACGUGCGGCCUGAACAACGCCGUGGUGUCGCUCUUCGUCCUGGCCACCGUUAAAGGAAACGCGUUGCUGAGCGCCAUCUUCUUGGCCUUGGCUACGUACCAGAGCAUCUACCCGCUCACGCUGUGUGCCGCCGCUCUGCUCUACCUGAUGCAGCGUCAGUUCAUCCCUGUCAACGCGCGUCGCCUGAGUUUCUGGUGGUUCGUGGCCCAGUACGCCUUCAUGUACCUGGGCAGCCUCUUCGUCACGGUGGGCCUCUCCUUCUUCCUGCUGGGCUCCUGGGACUUCCUGCCUUCGGUCUACGGCUUCAUCCUCUCCGUUCCCGACCUAACGCCCAACAUCGGCCUCUUCUGGUACUUCUUCGCGGAGAUGUUCGAACACUUCCGCCUCUUCUUCCUCUGCGUGUUCCAGAUUAACGUCUUCAUCUACACCAUCCCUCUGUCCAUCAAGCUCAAGGACCAUCCGGUGUUCCUGAUCUUCAUGCAGCUGGCCAUCAUCUCCAUCUUCAAGUCGUACCCCACAGUGGGGGACAUGGCUCUCUACAUGGCCUUCCUCCCUGUCUGGAGUCACCUUACCAGAUUCCUUCGGAACGUGUUCCUGGUGUCCUGCGUGCUGCUGGCGUGUUCGGCUCUCUUCCCGGUGUUGUGGCACUUGUGGAUUUACGCGGGCAGCGCCAACUCCAACUUCUACUACGCCACUACGCUACUCUUCAACGUCUCUCAGAUCCUGCUGGUGUCGGACUACUUCUACGCCUUCUUGAGGCGAGAGCACCACCUGACCCACGGACUCUACUUGAAGAAGAAAGACGGCUCCGAGGCCACGCUGGUGCUCAAAUAAAACCCGACGAGGGACCGCACCAAAGAACUUUGGAGGGUGGAAAAGGAACAAUCUCCGGUUGUGAUGACCCGUUCUUUUUGGUCCUCGCCCAUGUCCUGCAGGGCUUUUGUUUUGUGACUUUGUUUACACAACAUCAUGUGAUCACUAACAGGAAGUUCAAUGAUGUUUUUUUAUUAUUCGCAAUGAGGACAAUUUAUGAAAGAAUAUUGGGGCCACCACAUAGGAGGAUUUUUUUUACGUUUUUUUUUUUUUUAUGCAGGUGCAUCUCAACAAAUUUGGACAUUGUAGAAGUUAUUUUGUUUCAGUAGUUGAAAUCAAAAUAGUGAAAUAUUUUUGUGCUUAAGCCAAAGCAGUGAUUUUUUGUGCACAGGAGUUAGUCACUCAAUUUUCGGUAUCUGCUGAUAUCGAGUCCCGAUCCGACACCUAGGCAAUGCAUUAAGAACAAGAAAAAAAAGACCACGUCCUACUGUGUUUGGGCAUGCCAGAGUGUGAGGCACGAGGAGAACGUCAACGAAUUACUGCAGCAACAGAGCUAACCCAAUAUUUCACACAAUUGGGGUUUUUUUUUCAACAGACCUAUGUUGUAUUAAGUUGAAAAAUAGCACUAAAUAUUCCCAAAUGCGAGUAGCCAAAGUGUCAUACAUGUAUGGCGAAAUUUACUCAGUGGGAGGGGGGGGAACAAAAAAACUAUACCUGGUAUAUAAAAAGAGAGCGGAUAUCCUGGCGGGAAUGAUUGAAGUGAUGUCAAUGUUUAAAAUGGAGCCAAAAACCCACCCAAAUCCGGGCUCCAACUGUCCACUGCCAAAGUGUCCUUGGUUAACCCUAAAUUGCCUACAGGUCGGAAUUGUAAAUGAGAAACCUCUCUCUCCAAAAAACAAAAACAAAAUAUCGGUCAAGGAAUCCCUCAUUUCUUCUGAGUUCCCAUCCCUAACCCAAGAGUUCGAAAGCUUUUUGUGUGCCCGUCUGGAUUUGAGCUAUGCACGCCAGGGCCCAAUGAAAUUCAUCUGGUUUUCCACAGUAUCCAAAUUUGUUGCGAUGCACCAUGAAAACGGUCAACGUCCACUUGAAUGCUUGAACUGUUUUUUCUUUUCAACGUGCGGCCCUAAUACGCCUUUGUGAGAGCUAAUGCCCCAACUGUGGAAAGUAGAACCAAUGUUUGACUUUUGUAACUGAAGCGUGUACUUUUAAACCAAGAAUGUUUUGGGUGGAAGCUGCUCAUUGAUUCCCACGCACCUUUCAAUUGGCGAAUGACUCAUCUUUGCUAUUCACUCAUAGAUCGAAGAGAGAUGUUUUUGAUAUAAUUUAUUUUGUACAGUAAAACAGAGGCGUGUUCCUCACAUGGUCGAGUAUUUAACACAUGAAAAAAAAAAUGUCCAUCAGAUGUUGACACAAAGCAAGUAGCGAGAUUGAUCGGCUAUCUUUUGUUUGUGUAAUAAACAUGAUAGAAAGA